GAAGUGUGGCUUGAUGAUAACUGCAUGCAGAAAUGUGAGUGUGGAAAUGGAAGUGACUUGCAGUGUUCAGAUAUAGAGUGUCACCCUCAGGCACAGUGUGAUAUUCGGAAUGGCAUUCGUGGCUGCUUUUGCAUGGAUGGAUUUAUUGGUGAUGGCUUAAAUUGUACAGCCAUUCCAGAAAGUACCACCUUGUUAGAAACAACAGUCACUGCAGUUACCAACACCCCUCCAAAAAGUACUACGCCUGCACUCACAAGCACCACCCCUCCAGUAUCAACCACCACUCUCGAGCCUCCAGUAACUACCACCACCCCUCCAGAACCUCCAGUAACCACCACCACCCCUCCAGAACCUCCAGUAACCACCACCACCCCUCCAGAACCUCCAGUGACCACCACCACCCCUCCAGAUCCUCCAGUGACCACCACCACCCCUCAAGGACCUCCACUUAGCACUACUACUCCUCCAGAACCUCCACCAAUAACCACCACCCCAGGAACAACCACCACUGAAAUAGUUACAACGACUCAAUGUGCAUCCCCAACGCUGGCAGUACCAACGGUUAGCCAGCAGUGUAUUGAUGCAGCGGCUUCCACAGUUGCAGUGCGAUGGGACGAAGUAACUGCCUCAAAUGUAGCAGGUGGAACCAUUUCGUGCACUCUUGCAGAUGGAACUAGCGUGAAUACCACUGGUGGUACAUUUGGAGUAGGCUCUCAUACAGUCACUUGCAGCGUAACUAAUUCUGGUGGCUGUUCAGACUCGAAUAUCUUCACAUUCAACGUAGUAGCAUUACCUUACCUGACAGUGCCACAAGUGAAUGAUCAGUGCACUGUUCCCGGAUCAGCUAACGCCAUAGUAAGCUGGAAUGCAGUAUCUGGCCUGAACACAGGCGGAGAAGUUGUCCAAUGUAUGGAAGCUUCAAUGUCUGUGCCUCUUGACGGAGGCGUAGCUUUCGGUUUGGGAGCCCACACCGUGAACUGCCAGGUCACCAACAGUGGCAACUGUCCUGUGAUGAAAGGCUUCACAUUUAAUGUCCUCGCAUCACCAUCAAUCAACGUACCGGAAGAUUUUGUUCACUGUACCCCAGCGGGAGAGAUAUAUGAUUCAUAUAUAGUCACGUGGGAUAGAGUAACUGCUACCAACACCGACGGUCAACCCAUUCUGUGUUUGGAGGGAAACAGGCAAGUGUUUCUCAAUGGGGGAUCCUUCGGGGUUGGAUCUCACACCAUUACCUGCUCAGUUGCCAAUAAUGGUGGAUGCACAGCAGAGAAAAGCUUCACAGUUAAUGUCGUGGCAUCGCCGUACCUGACAGUGCCAGCAGUAAAAGAUCAAUGCACCACUUCUGGACUGACCUCUGCAACAGUGAGCUGGGCCUCGGUAUCUGGUGUGAACACCGAUGGACAACCAAUCAUUUGUUUAGAAGGUUCAACUUCAGUCCACCUCAGCGGAGGUGUGGCCUUUGGGGCUGGAGUUCACACCAUUACCUGUGAGGUCACCAACAAUGCCAGUUGCCUUGCAUCAAGGAGCUUCUCAUUUAAUGUCCACACAUCGCCAUCCAUUCAAGUGCCACAAGUACCUGAUCAGUGCUUGAGUCCUAGGACAGCUUUACCGCCGGGUGACAUGGAGUUCCAUCACUGCCACCAACCACGAUAACCGGCUCAUCAUUUGCAGGAUGGGUGGCAUCUAUGUGCCUCCCACCGGGGGCAACUACUUCUUUUUGGGAAUACAAACUGUAUCCUGUUUGGUUAUCAAUGUUGCUGGUUGUCGGACCUCAGAAACAUUCUCUUUCAAUGUUAUCGCGACACCCAGCAUUAUUGUACCAUCUGUACCCGAUCAGUGUACCCAACCAGGACAGUCGUCCGUGUAUGUGGCAUGGAAUGCAGUGUAUGGAAUUAACACCAAUGGGUCUAUUAUUACCUGCACUGAGAGGGGAAUUCGGGUUCCAUUAAAUGGAGGCAUCACUUUGGAUGUUGGAUCUUACACCGUGACCUGUCAUGUUGCAGUUGGUGACUGCGUCUCGACAAACAGUUUCUCUUUCCGUGUCAUUGCAAGCAACUUUCUUCCAUUUGGAGCUGGAGUUGGAGAUUUUCGGCUUUCUAAUCAACGGAGAAUA